UUGGCGCGCAUGCGUCGACGCCUUUAAGGCACGCGACACGGAUUUGUCAGUCAGUCCAAGAUGGCGGACCUCUUGGGUUCAAUUUUGAGCUCGAUGGAGAAACCUCCUAGCGUCGGAGAUCAGGAGAGUCGGCGAAAAGCCCGAGAGCAAGCUGCACGCUUGAAAAAGAUGCAGGAGGAGGAAAAAAAGAAAAAAGCAGACUUCAGAAAGAAGAUGGAAAAAGAUGUUUCAGACUUCAUCCAAGAUAGUGACUCCAAAAAGAAGAAGUACCAGCCCAUGAACAAGAUUGAGAGGAGCAUUCUUCAUGAUGUUGCAGAGGUGGCUGGGCUGACGUCUUUUUCAUUUGGAGAUGAUGAAGAGAGCCGGUAUGUCAUGAUCUUCAAAAAGGAGUUUGCACCUUCCGAUGAAGAGCUUGAAGCCUAUCGAAAGGGUGAAGAGUGGGACCCACAGCUAGCUGAGGAAAAGCGUAAAUUGAAGGAGCAGGCACAGAGGGAGGCAGAGUUGGAAUCUCAAAAAGGCCCAAAAGAAGUGUGUCCCAGCAGCAAUUACCGUGACAAAUACAGCCAUCUGAUUGGCACAGCAGCUGCCAAAGAUGCUGCACACACUCUAGAGGCCAAUAAAGCCUAUGGCUGUGUACCCGUAGCAAACAAAAGGGACACACGCUCCAUAGAGGAGGCAAUGAAUGCAAUCAGAGCAAAAAAACUGAAGAAAAAUGAGGAUGACUGUGCAGGAGCAAGCAGCUCCUAAGAGAGGGUAUUGUGAGCCCUUUGCUCUUUGUUCUGCCUACUUUAAGGGGCAAAAGUAUUCCUUUGUUCUUAUGUAUUAUAUGAGGACUUGUUUCUUUUAACCCUGUGAGAUACUAUCAUAUGCAAAACUCCUGUUAGAAAGUGUUCUGGAAGAUAACCAUGGACGUAGACAGUUUUUUCAACCAGGAUCAUUGUUGACAGGUUUUUGUUCUAGAAAAGGAAACUGGUUAAAAACACAAUUGUAUGUUAAUAAUUCAAUUGCUCAGUUCUUUGAGCAGACCAGCACAAUAUAGUACCAUUGUGGUCUUAAAGAGUUUUAAUGGUUGAUCGACAUUUAAGAAUCAUUUUUUCUGAUUGUACCCUGAGUGAAGCAUGAAGAAGGGUUCCCAUCCCUCCCUCACUGGGUUCCCUCCAGGCUUGCUUUUUCCAAAGCAAGCACCAAAUGGAGCUUUUUUUCCUAAGUGUGACUGUCGGUGUUAAUGGAAACAGAGAAAGUCUGGUGGUGGUCAUAUGUACAUGCUUGUUUUAUUUUUUUUUUUUGUUAUUUCAGGAUUGCAUAUAAAUAUCAGGGGAAGAUGACAGUUGGUUCCCGGUCUAAAAUUCUGAACUGAAA